AUGUUUGUAGGCGAUAGAGGAUAUGGAAUCGACUCAACUCUCAAACAUCAUCUUCGCUUUGGUGGUCCCCUGGAAGCCAAGAAGACUGUUUCAAAAAGGUCUUUCGAAAGCAACCAAAAAGAAAGACGAAACAAUAGGGGUUUAUUUCUUUGUGUUAGCCCCUGCUGGGUCCCCGUUCUGAAUUACCGUGUCUCUGCUCAAGCUUUUGCUUUCUCGGGCAUUGAUACGUUGUUUCGGGGUGGCAUUUCCUCACUUUCACCCUCACUCCAGGGCUUUCUUGCUGCAUUACAUCAGUUUGUUGCUUGA